AUGGCUCAAGACAUGUCGGAUGCAGAAGUCAGAGGUCGGUUGUCUCACAGAAUUGAACGAGAUAUUGAUAUAAUGUUGCAGAGCCUCACUGCCGUAUGUCAACGCCUGAUUGACCUGAAGUACGACACGGCUACGAUGGUUCAGUCACCUACCACCUCCAACAGCUCUGUCUAUGCAAUCAAUUCCAACACCCCAAGUGUGGGAAAAAGCCCGAUCGAAAAAAGAGCAGAUCCACGAGUUUAUGGCCUUGCAAUGAGUAGCAUUUCGGUCAUUAUUGCCGGGUGA